AGGCGCGCGGCGGGCAGCCCCGCGGGGUCCUCGGGCGCGGGGUCCUUCGGCGGCACCGGGAGCGGGACGGGGGCCGCCAUGUUGGCCCGGGGGGCGGCGGGGGGCUGCGGCCUCCUGGUGCGGGCGGCGAGCCGGGCCCUGAGCCUCGGCCACAGCCGGGGGACGGUGGUGGUGGAGCGGUGGUGGCAGGUCCCGCUCAGCAAAGAGGGGCAGCAGCCGCGCCUGCACCCCCGGCGGCACCGGAUCUACAGGCUGCUGGAGGACACCAAGCACCGGCCCAAGGGCAGCCUGGAGCUGAUCCUCACCCGGGCCCUGGACGAUUUGGGGAGCCGCGGGGACGUGGUCAAGGUGAAGAAAUCCCUGGGUCGCAACAAGCUCCUGCCCCAGGGACUAGCCGUCUACGCGUCGCCGGAGAACAAGAAGAUGUUUGAGGAGGAGAAGAAGUUGCGCCAGGAAGGGAAGCUGGAGGUGCUCCAAACCCAGAGCGGGGAGAAGACCAUCAGGUUCCUCAAGAGCUGCCGCCUCGAGGUGGGCAUGAAGAACAACGUCAAGUGGGAGCUGAACAACGAGAUCGUGGCUCGCCACUUCCUCAAGAACCUGCGGGUUUUCGUGCCUCCCCACGCGCUGAAGCUGCCGGAGGAGCCCAUCACCCGGUGGGGCGAGUACUGGUGCGACGUGACGGUGAGCGCCCCCCUGCCCCCCUCCCACGGGGGUCCCACGCCGGCGGUCUCGCCCACGUGCCCGCAGCGGAGCCGUGCAGCGCCGGGCCGGCGGUGCCGUCCUCUGGCACGGGGCGGGGUGCGAGGAGCGGAAAUAGUUUAUUUAAAAAAACCAAACCCAACAACCACCCGCCCCCCCGCCCCGUGCCCGUGACCCAGAUAGACCAGAGCAGAGCGGCUCCUCGCCCGCCCCCCUCCAUCUCCGUCCUUCCCGGCCCCCCCGGGGCGCGGAGCCGCUCCCCAACCGCCCCCCGCAGCUCCCCCCCCCUCCCUGUCAGCACCGCCGGGCGCCCUGGCUGUGGCCCCCGCUUCCUUCGCUGCGCCCGAUUCCCAGAGCUGCAGGGGAGGGGAAGGGGCAAGGCCCCCCGCGUCCCCGUCCCCCCCCAUUUCCCCCCUUUCCCCGCGCCUCCCCCAGCUCAGAUCCCACCAGGAUUUCGGGAUGGAGCUCCCGCGGGCAUGGAACGGCGGGGGGAGAAGGGAGAGCGGCCGCUCCCCUCUCCCCGGGGGGACGUGGGGGGGGUUCCCCGGCUGUGACCCCCCUCCCGCGCCGCAGGUGAACGGGCUGGAGACGGUGCGGGUGCCCAUGUCGGUGGUGAAGUUCCUGCGGCCCCGGACCAAGCGCCGCAAGCACUGGCUGGCCCAGCAGCAGGCCCAGCUGGCCGCACACAGGGAGACGCUCCUCUGAGCCGGGGGGGCCACCGCUCCCCCCCCCCCCCCCGGCACCCCCCAGCCCCCCGGCGCUGCGAUGGUACCCGUGCGCUGGGGGAACGGGGGGUGCCCCGGAAUGGACUUGGGGGGUUGUUCCUGCGCCCCCCCCCUGCUCCCAGCCGGCGUGAGGGGGGGACACAAGAUGGGGGGGGGGUCUGGCUGUCUGGAGACACCCCAACACCCCCCCGGGGAGCGCCGGUGGGGAAGGGUGACACCAGGCGCGGGGUCUCAUUGCCUGUUGGAGCGAGACCCCCCCCGUGUGUCCCCCCCGUGUCCCCCCCUCAGGGUGCCGCUCCUGGUCUCCCCAGCUCCGCCUGGAUCCGUCCCGGCAGCUCCGGCUGUGUGAAGUACUCUGGGGGGGGGGCGAGGGGUGAGUGGGAGGCCGGGACCCCCCCCUUUGGGGACCCCCCCCUUUGGGGACCCCCCCGGCCCCCCCCUCUCACCUGUGGCAAACGCCCGGACGUCGGCCGGUCGCCGGAGCAGCAGCUCCCUGCAAGGGGGGGGCAGUGGGGUUGGGGGGGGCGCAGGGGUUUGGGGAGAAAGGGGCUGUUUUGGCGUGGUUUCCCGCGAUGGAAAAUGGGUUUUUUUGUAACAGGAA